AAGUCCAAAAUGAACCACACCUGGACAUACAACCUGAGCUUUGGUGCACCUACAGAUCCUGUUGAGCCAAGGGCUGGACUCUCACGAAAUGGGCACACUAUAGUGGCUGUUUUUCUUGGAUUUAUCUUGUUUUUUGGUUUCUUGAAUAACUUGAUUGUCCUCAUCCUCUUCUGCAAGUUUAAAACCCUCCGUAACCCAGUCAACAUGCUCCUCCUGAACAUCAGUAUCAGCGACAUGUUAGUGUGCAUCUCAGGCACUACCCUCAGUUUUGCAUCUAACAUCCAUGGCAAAUGGAUUGGAGGGGAGCAUGGUUGUAGGUGGUACGGCUUUGUCAAUUCCUGCUUUGGCAUUGUGUCCUUGAUCUCCCUGGCUGUCCUGUCCUAUGAACGCUACAGCACUCUCACCCUGUGCAACAAGCGCAGCGCUGACUACCGGAAGGCAUUGCUGGCAGUCGGCGGUUCAUGGAUUUAUUCCCUGCUCUGGACCGUGCCACCUCUGAUCGGUUGGAGCAGUUACGGGGUAGAAGGUGCAGGUACAAGCUGUUCGGUACGCUGGUCCUCUGAGUCAGCCGAGUCCACCUCCUAUAUCAUCUGUCUCUUCAUAUUCUGCUUGGUCAUCCCUGUGAUGGUCAUGAUGUACUGCUACGGUCGCCUCCUUUACGCUGUUAAACAGGUUGGAAAAAUCCACAAGAAUGCUGCCCGCAAAAGAGAAUACCACGUACUAUUCAUGGUGAUCACUACAGUUAUCUGUUAUCUUGUGUGUUGGAUUCCCUAUGGAGUUAUAGCAUUACUUGCAACAUUUGGUAAGCCAGGUGUGGUGACUCCAGUUGCAAGCAUCAUACCUUCAAUCCUAGCAAAAAGCAGCACUGUUUGCAAUCCAAUUAUCUACAUACUUAUGAAUAAGCAGUUUUACAAAUGCUUUCGUCAGCUUUUCCACUGCCAACCUCCUUCCUCCGCUGACGGGGAGCCCACCUGCCACUCCAAGGUAACCGUAAUCCAGCUGAAUCAGAAGAUGGAUGGUGGAAACGUGUGCAAUAAUGAACCACGUCCACAAACAGACAGUAAAGUGACUUCUCUCCUGCACCCAGAGCCAAGCCUGGAGCCAGUUUCAAAAGCUGCACCACCGAUGUCUUAGGAGAAUCGGCACUGAUGGAAAGUACAAGCCUUAACCAGAGUGUGUUUCAUUUCACUGCCACGUUACCCAGCUAACCUUACAAUUAAUAAAGGCAGUUGCCAUUUGUGGGAUAGGAAAACUGUCAA